GAGAGAGAGAGAGAGAGAGAGAGAGAGAGAGAGAGAGAGAGAGAGAGAGAGAGAGAGAGAGAGCAUUUGGCCACUUUACACCGGAGUAUAUGUAGAGGGCAUCACGCCGUGUUUGUGGUAGAGACUACAUCUGGUAUCAGGAUCGGGUAGGCCUAUGAGGACUGAGACCGGCUAUCGGGACUAAGACUGGGUAUCAGGGCGAAGACCGGGUAUCGGACAAAGACCGGGUAUCAAGAAAUAGAUCGGGUAUCAUCAGCACUAAGAUGGGUCUGGCAGCAGAGAGGAAUAACAAGACUAAAAAGAGAUCGCACGCAUGACAGGAGCUGCGGUUCCAUGAAAGGACGCGCACAGGGGGCCGCUGCCAUUCUGGGACCCGGCAGCUUUCCCAGUGAGAUGGCAGUGGGUCAGCUCAGACCGCUGGGAAUUUCUUUGUCGAAUUGCACAAAUCGACAAAAAGUGACAUGAUACUAUUUACUCAAUAAAACACUUUUUUUUUUGCUCUAUUGGAUGGAUAUUAAUCUAUUUUAUAAAAUACAAGGCAUCUUAAGUGCACAUUGAAAGCAAUACAGCUUUCCAUCAAGUUCUGGUUCGGUCUCCUGACACCUUCGGGAAUAUUCUUGUGCCGACCGUCUGCUGGGGUCCAGCUGUGGCCAGGCGCUUCCCAGACGCCUCCUCAUCCCCGGGACCCCCGGGUGGGUCGUGUCCCCCUCGGCGGGGCGCGGAGUGGCACUACCAUGCCCGAGCUCGAGCACCUCCCCCCCACUGGGGGCGCCCCCGGAAGCCCAGACCCCGCCCGGAUCCAGCGGGGCCUCCUGGAGGAGCAGGUGGAGCUGUGGUGGUUCCGGGAGCCGGGAAAGUCUGUGCUGUGCUACUGCGUGGCCGUGCUGCUGGUCCUGGGCUGCGGCCUGGGCGGCGUGGGCCUGCUCUCCACCACCACCAGCGCCUCCAGCGAGUGGCGGCUGGGCGCCGGCACCUCGCUCUGCCUGCUGGCGCUUGGCGUGCUGCUAAAGCAGCUGCUCAGCUCCGCCGUGCAGGACAUGAACUGCGUGCGCAGCCGGCGCCGGAUCGACGUGCUGAAGAGCGGCGGCCUGUCGGACCUCGUGGUGGUGCUCGUGGCCGGCUCGGCCAUGCUGCUGUGCGGCGCGGCGCUGCUGCACCUCGCCCUGGUCGACCACAUGCCCAAGCCGGGCCAGGCCCUCCACGACAUGUACGUCUCCGGCGUGGUGCUGCUGGCGGCCGGCGGGGCGGCCGUGGUCGGCGCGGGGCUGUACUCGGCGGCCGUGGUCCUCCUGGAGAGGACCAGGAUGGGCCGGAGGCUGGUGGACCGGCUCACCAGCAUCUUCACCGUCUCGGGACAAAUGGAGAGGCGCCGGGAGACCACCUCCAGCCUCGCUAACCUCAUAUGAGCCACGCUCCGCCUUCAGGCUCUGGAGGGCCGACGGGGACGUCACCCCAGCAGCCACCGUGGUUCAUUACUGCUCAGCUGCGAGGUCUCUGGAGGGGUGAUGAAUGGAGUGGGAGGCAGCCGGGAACCUGGGACGGUAAUCUGCUCCUCCCAGCUCCUGUCUCGGUUAUGAGACCUGAUCCAGACAGACCUGAGAGCGGGAGGGGGGUUCUGGGACCAGCGGGGUUCACAAACACCACCUGACCUGAUGGGAGGGUAGAGGCACUA